AUGACUCCCUCUGGAUUGAGGAGUCUCCUCCUUGGGGCCGUGGCAAUUCUGCCCGGCCUUGUGAUGGGGUCCUAUAACACGAGUUAUUCGCAAACGGAUCUCCUGCGCGCCCAGAUGGCCCUCAUGGGAGAUCGUCCAGAUGGAUGUCCUCCUUGCUUCAACUGUCUUCUCCCGGCCCAUACGUGCGCGCAAUAUGCUGGCUGUAACGAAUUCAAUGGCAAAUGCGACUGCCCAGAGGGAUUUGGCGGCGACGACUGUCUCCAGCCCCUUUGCGGCUCUCUUGCUCGAGGAAAAGACCGACCCAUGCGCUCUGGCGGAUCUUGCAAAUGCGACGAAGGCUGGACCGGAAUCAACUGCAACGUCUGUACCGACAACAAGGCCUGUGACGCAUUGAUGGAGAAUGGCGAGGGCGGUGUCUGCUACCAGAACGGUGAAGUUGUCAACCACAACUAUCAGAUUUGCGAUGUCACCAACGAGAAAAUCACCUCGCUGCUUGGCAAGCAGCGCCCUGAGGUGACCUUCACCUGCAAGCAGGAAGACAAGACCUGUGACUUCCAAUUCUGGGUUGACGCUGUCGAAUCCUUCUAUUGCCACCUCGAGGAGUGCGACUCAAGCGCCGACUGGCAAGAGGCCAAAAACACCACGUCGUACAAGUGCAACAAGAUCAAGUGCAGUUGUGUUCCCGAUCGAAUGCUCUGCGGCAAGGAUGGAUCCAUUGAUCUCACCGAUUUCCUUGACCAAUCCAUCAAAGGUCCCGGACGUUUCGAGUGCACCCAGAAGAAUGGUGGUAUUCACGACUGUGCCUUCAAGGAACCCGAGAUGGAUGCCUUGAUUCUUGCACUUAUCGGCGAUUCUAGUAUUUUCCUCGGCUGCCAUGCUGGUGAAUGUCUCUACAAGACAGAGGUACCAGGAUACAAGCGUCCAGUGAAGAAGAUCAACACACCUCUCAUCGCUGGUGUGAUUGCUGGCUGCUCACUGUUCCUCGUCGCAGUUAUCAUCCUCACCUGGUACCUGUCGAGGCGCAGGCUGAACUAUGGUGCCAUUCGUCUGGAGGAUUCUGACGAUGAGAGCACCAAGUUGAUGGCGGACCACAAGCCCGCGUCACUUUACUUCGAAAACGUCGCCUACUCUCUCAACGGCAAGCAAAUUCUCACUGGCAUCCAAGGCAUCUGCAAGCCAGGAGAAGUUACCGCUAUUAUGGGUGCCUCGGGAGCUGGCAAGACAACAUUCCUCGAUAUUCUGGCACGAAAGAACAAGCGCGGACAAGUUCACGGAGACUUCUAUGUCAAUGGAGAAAAGGUUACUGAUCACGACUUCAAAAAUGUUGUCGGAUUCGUCGACCAGGAGGACACAAUGCUUCCCACUCUCACUGUUCACGAGACAAUCCUCAACAGCGCCCUGCUUCGACUCCCCCGUGACAUGGGCCGUGCUGCAAAGGAGCAGCGUGUGUUGGAGGUUGAGAAGGAGCUUGGCAUUCACCACAUUCGCGAUUCUCUCAUUGGUUCCGAAGAAGGCAAAGGACGUGGUAUCUCGGGUGGCGAGAAGAGACGUGUCGGAAUCGCUUGUGAGCUGGUCACCAGUCCUUCGAUCUUGUUCCUCGACGAACCCACCAGCGGUCUUGAUGCCUACAACGCCUACAACGUCAUCGAGUGCCUCGUUACCCUGGCCAAGAACUACAAGCGAACCGUCAUCUUUACCAUCCAUCAACCCCGAUCCAACAUUGUGGCUCUUUUCGACAGACUGAUUCUGUUGGCUCAAGGACGAACCGUUUAUUCGGGACAAUUCAACCAGUGCCAAAACUACUUUGACGAGAUUGGUUAUGAAUGCCCUCCUGGAUUCAACAUUGCGGACUAUCUUGUGGACCUCACUAUGCACGCCGGAAGCACCCAGUCUAUUGAUGACGGUACAGUUGGUCUCGAUAACAGUAGCGUUGGACCCAGCAGCACCCGUGCAAUCAAGUCGAUUGCUAGUGUGUCUGGCACCAGUACCGGUGAUGACGACGCAAGCUCGAGUCGGCCUAAGAACUCCCGCAGAGACUCGGUCAAGGUUCGCCAGGAGCGAGAGCUGUUUACGCGUAGAAAGACAGUUGAUACGGCAGCGUCUUCUGACGCCGGCGUUGAGGAAACUGGCGCCUAUCGUCUCCAGCAGAACCCCAUCGACUCUGCCACCACAACUCUUCUCGAGGAUCCUCACGACCUUCCCCCGGCAGCAGCCACUGGAACUGACCUGGAUAUUAUGACUCGAUCUUUUGCCCAGUCUGAGAUUGCACGUUUGACCAACGAGGAGAUUAAGCUGGCGAUUGACACCGCGGAACAUGCCAACGGCCCGAACUCGAAUGGUUACACCGCUGAGGGACCUAAUGUCAAUGUUAGCGCUGUCGGCAAGGGAUAUGCCCGGGUUGGCUAUUUGCGACAGUUCAUCAUCCUCUCUCAGAGAACCUGGAAGAACCUGUACCGAAACCCGAUGCUGAUGCUUACACACUACGCCAUUGCCAUUAUCCUGGCCGUCUUUUCGGGCUACCUCUUCUAUGGACUCACCGAUGAUAUCCCCGGCUUCCAGAACCGACUCGGUCUGUUCUUCUUCCUCCUUGCCCUCUUCGGUUUCAGCACCCUCACGAGUCUCAACGUCUUCGCCACUGAGCGUCUUCUGUUUGUCCGUGAACGGGCCAAUGGCUACUAUUCUCCUGCUACAUACUUUGCCGCCAAGGUCCUCUUUGACAUUCUCCCCCUGAGGAUCAUUCCCCCCAUUCUGAUGGGCUCAAUCAUCUACCCCAUGACUGGGUUGGUGGCUGACUACACCCACUUCAUGAACUUUAUUCUUGUUCUGGUGCUGUUCAACAUGGCUGCCGCUGCUGUGUGCCUCUUUAUUGGUAUCGUGUGCAAGGAUGGAGGUGUGGCAAACCUCAUCGGCAGCUUGGUUAUGCUGUUCAGUCUCCUCUUCGCUGGAUUCCUCCUCAAUCACGAUGCGACACCCAAGGGUGCGCUCUGGCUCCAGACGCUCUCCAUCUUCCACUAUGGCUUUGAGUCACUCAUCGUCAACGAGGUGCUCCAGCUUACACUGGUCGACAGCAAGUAUGGCCUCGACAUCACCGUUCCUGGUGCGGCUAUUCUGAGCUCUUUCGGUUUCAACAACGACGCGCUCUGGCCGGAUAUCAGGAACCUGGGCAUCUUUGCUGCCGUUUUUAUCGUACUUUCCUACGUUGCCAUGCACGUUCUGCUCAUCGAAAGGCGAUAG